AUGCAACUUGAAGAGAUGAUGAGGACAUUGGAAAUUUCUGGGCAAAUUCUCCAACAACAAGUGGAUCAAAUGGUCAACUCAGUGAAUGCACACAUAUUGAGAACAGAGGAAGAGGUUCAAGAUGUCAAGGCUGAUGAUGAAAUUACUGAAUUUGCUUCAUCUGUUACUUUAUUUGGUGCACAAAACACUGCAGUACUUGCUGCUAUACCUGCUAAAUCUGUCACAAGAACGAGCUGCAAAAUUGUUGAAUCAGCUGCUGUCCAAACAGCACUUGUAGAAGCUUCCGCCAUCCAAGAAACAGUAAUACAUACUGCUGCUGCUGAAAAUAUUGCAGCACUUGCUGUAAAAAAUUCAGACUUUGCUGCUGACCAAGCCGCUGAAGAUAGAGACGGCAACUGCUGUCCACUUGCUGAAACUGCCAAAAUUACACUAGAAAUUAUAGAAUUUGCUGCUGUCCAAGUUGCUGAAAACAGAGACAGCAACUCCUGUCAAACUGCCAUAACCACUGCUGCCCGCAAAUCAGCACCAGCCGAAGUACCUGUUACAUCCCCUGCUGCUGUCCAUAAACCAGCAACUGCUGGAAGUGCCCUAACUGAACCAGAACCUGCUGAAAUUUCUGAAACAGACCAGCCCCCUGCUGAACCAGCACAGCCCACUGCUGUGUUUGCCCAAACAACUGCUGAUAUGGCAGAAUACAAUAUGCAAGCUGCUGUAACCGAACCAGCCCAAAAACCAAAAAUUUUUACCAAAAAAAUUCCAGAACCAGCCCCCAAACAAACAACAAAGGCAGCACACUGUUCACCUGAACAGCCAGCAGAGAAGCAACAAGCAGAUUGUUGUUUGCCCAAACAGCAUGAGAGAGGAGAAUCCAGCACAACCAGAUUACUAGCAUAG